AUGCUUGCCCUGGCUUUUAUUCCAUCUGACAAUAUACCUGCAGCAUUUGAUGAGCUUAAAGCGACAUUUCCUCCUGAAGCUGAAGAAGUUGUCCAAUGGUUUGAAGACAAUUAUGUACAUGGCCGGAUUCGUCGCCGAAACCAAAGAAAUGAAUUAAUGGACCACGGAAUUCCUAGGACACAAAAUAUUGUCGAAGCUUGGCAUCGACGUUGGUCAACUUUGGUUGGUAAACCUCAUGUUGGAGUUUAUACAAUAAUAGAGGAGCUUCAGAAAGAACAACAACGAGUUGACUUAGAAAUUGAAUGUAUUAAUCGUGGAGAACCAAAACCGAAACCGAAAAAACAAAUAAUUGACAGAGAGAAAAGAAUAAUGACGGUAUAUAAAGAUAUAUCAAAUAGGAGUGUCUUAGAAUUUUUACGGGGUUUGGCUCAUAAUAUAUCGAUAUAG